GUUCAAAAAGAGCAGAAGAUUUACUGUGUGAAGGAGUCUGCAUCUGGAGCCAUGAUGCUCAGGUGGAUCAUUCUGGUGUCUGGUUUUGGACUGACAGCAGCAAAACUGACAAGUGAAACAGAAACUGAUGUUGAUCAGGGCCAAGACUGGGACAUCUUUGACAUCAAUAAAGCCGCUGACCUGGACCUGCUGGAGGGGGAUAUAGAGCAGGAUGACAACCUUGACAGAAAUUCCAUCAUAGGGGAUGAGUAUCGCUGGCCAACAACCAUUCCCUAUUACCUGGAGGACAGCUUAGACAUCAAUGCUAAGGGAGUUAUACUGAAGGCAUUUGAUCAGUACAGACUAAAGACUUGCAUUGACUUUACACCGUGGAAGGGAGAGGAGAACUACAUCUCUGUGUUCAAAGGCAGUGGAUGUUACUCCUCAGUAGGUAAUCGGCGUGUUGGAAAGCAGCAGCUGUCCAUUGGUACAAACUGCGACCGACUGGGAACAGUAGAGCAUGAGUUCCUGCACGCUCUGGGGUUCUGGCAUGAGCAGUCCAGAGCGGACCGCGAUGACUACGUCAACAUUAUAUGGGAACAAAUUGAACCUGGUAAGGAGCACAACUUUAACACGUAUGAUGACACUGUGUCCAACACGCUGGGGGUCCCAUAUGACUACGGCUCUGUGAUGCACUACAGUAAGACAGCCUUCACCAUCGACUCUGAGCCCACUAUCGUCACAAAGAUCCCACAAUUCAUGGAUGUGAUUGGUCAGAGGAUGGGAUUCAGUGCCAGUGACCUAGCCAAGCUCAGCCUGCUCUACAACUGCACUAAGUCCUCCACCUUUGUAGACAGCUGUAACUUUGAGGAGGAGAACAUCUGCGGGAUGAUUCAGGGUUCCAGCACAGCCAUGUGGGAACAGCGCAGCUCUGUGUCCGGAGGCCCUCACACUGACUUCACCAACAUGGGACAAUGCAAAGGAAAUGGCUACUUCAUGCAUUUCAGCACAGAAUCUGCUGAACCGGGGGAGAGCGCUUCCCUGGAGAGUCGUUGGCUUUACCCCAAAGCUGGAGCUCAGUGUCUGCAGUUCUUCCUCUACAACACUGGGGCAGCUGAUGAUGUUCUGAACAUAUGGGUCAGAGAGUAUGACCCAGCCAGCCCCAGCGGCAAACUCAAACUAUUCAAGAGCAUUUCAGGAGGAGUGAUGGGCUCCUGGGAGCUGCACACCGUCGACCUGAGCGUGACCCGGAAGGCCCGGCUGGUUUUCGAGGGGGUGAGAGGAGAGAGUCCGUCACAUGGAGGUUUCUCUCUGGAUGACAUCAACGUGUCAUCCACAAAAUGCCCCCAACACAUCUGGCACAUCCGCAACAUGAGCCAUCUGCUGGCCACCACGCCACCUGGACAGAAACUGUACAGCCCUCGCUUCCUGUCACCGUCCGGUUACUCCUUCCAGGUGGGUGUGUACCUGAACGGACGGAGUGGCACUCCUGGGUACAUGGCUACCUAUUUCCACCUGACCUCAGGCCCCAACGACCACAAUCUGAAGUGGCCGUGUCCAUGGCAACAAAACAACAUAGCCCUGAUGGAUCAGCAGUCUGAUGUCAGACAGCAGAUGAACAUGCACCGCAUGGUGACCACCGACCCCAACAAGAUGUCCUCAGAUGGUACUGAGUUUUACUGGGAUGACCCCAGUAAGGUGGGCUCCAAGGUAACCGGGUCUGACGGCAGCUCUUACUACCGAGGCCCUGGCUACGGGACCAGCACCUUCAUCUCACACAGCAGGCUGAGGAGCAGGAGCUUCACCAAGGGAGGCGACGCCUUCUUCCUACUCAGUCUGGAAGAUGUAUCUGAGCUGCUGGCUCCUCAGCCUCUGCCCCAGUCUGCAGCCUCCACUGUUGGCCGUCUGAUUGGAGCAGCAGACCAACCAGCCAAUCAGCUCUCUGCAGUUAUAGCAGUGGGAGCGUGUGUAGCAGCAGUCAUGAUGUUGGUGGUCAUGAUGAUUGUGGGUAAUGUCUGGAGGCUGAGGAGGAGGGAACAACAUGUGAGGAGUGGCUGCAUGGUCAUAGAGAACAUGCCUGGCUUCAUGGACAGUGUGAGUCAGCACGCAUCCAGACAGCCAGCUCCUUCUACACUUUGUGUCAGCAAAACCUUUGACAUGUUUAUAGAAAAGCAGAGCAUAACUGUGAAGUGGAAGGACAUGCUCAAUGGUUUUUAACGUUAAAUAAGACGUAGAGCAACAAGCUGCCACACUGAGAACAGAACGCCUGCUGAGCAGAACCCAGCAGAGCUCUGAGGAAAAAGUUCUGAAUUCUACAAUUAAAGUCAGACUUUUGAAGAAAAAAAAAACUGAGCUCUAAGAUUUGUCAGAAUUCUGAGAUUCAUGCCAGAAUUCUGAGAAA